AUGAACCAUCAACGUGUUCAUUCUGCUGACAAACCUUUUAAAUGUUCAGACUGUGGAAAUUGCUUUAAAAGUUCUGGGGAACUGAUGUCCCACCAACGUGUUCACACUAACGAGAAACCGUGUAAAGGUUUGGAUUGUGUGAAGUGCUAUAAACAUUCUGGAGAACUGACUUCUCAUCAACGUGUUCACACUGAGGAGAGACAGUUCACAUGUUCUCACUGUGGGACCGGAUUCAGACAAUCAUUUGAUCUCCCUGAACAACAGCGAAUUCACACUGGGGAGAGGCCGUUCAUCUACUCCAUGUGUGGGAAGGAAUUCCCUCGGUCAUGUCAUUUUGUGGCACACCAGCGAAUUCACACUGAGGAGAGACAGUUCAGGAGCGCUUUCUGUGGAUCUGGACUCGGGCAAUCAUCUCAUCUGACUGUGCAACAGUGGGUUCACAGUGGUGAGAGGCCAUUCGCCUGCAUUGAGUGUGGGAAGUGUUUUGGCGGACUUGUAAUCUGCUGA